AAAAAUUGUCAGUAGGACGCGGAAAUCACAGUCACAAACAUCAGUCUCGUUACGGUGAAUUCCUGACACUCGGCGGGUCUGAAAGACUGCACGUGUUUGAGUCCGCGUUACAGAGUGGGAGUUGAACAGCCAAAUCGCAACUCUGGGACUUCCCUGUGCAAUCGCAAUAAUUUUUGCUUAAAUACACAGGCGCUUGGGUGGUAGCUCAGUACUGAACAACGAUUGUGAUACCACCAUGAGAACCGCAGUCCCUAUUCUCCUGCAGAUGUCGGUUAUUUGUCUUCUGCGGAGGGCUGCACAGAGUCUUCCCGUUGAUCCGAAAAUUAUUAGUUCUGGAGCCACUUGUCCGCGAAUAAUAACCCGCAGAGAGUGGAACGCGAGAAACGUGAGUGGUCUCGAGCCCCUGUGGACCACGCCAAUCCCUUACGUAGUAGUUCAUCACGGUGGGAUACUCCACUACUGCUACGAUCAGCCGGAAUGCUCGGCUAUCGUGCGAUCGUACCAGGACCUCCACAUAGACAAGAACCACUGGCUGGACAUUGGAUACCAUUUCGUCAUAGGGGAGGACAGCAACGUCUACGAGGGACGGGGUUGGGACUACGUCGGGGCUCACGCACCGGGAUACAAUUCCCAGAGUAUUGGAGUAUCAGUUAUCGGCGAUUUCUCUCAUUUCCUCCCGAAUGACGGAGCUCUCAAAGCCUUAGACGAACUAAUUGCGUGUGGAGUGGCGUUAGGAAAAAUAAGUCCGGACUAUCGAGUAAUAGGCCACCGUCAGGUCCGAGACACUGUGUGUCCCGGCGAGACAUUCUACAAGUACGUCAUGAAGAUGCCGAGGUGGACGGCGGAUCCCAUUCCAGUUUGCAUGUCGAACUGUGCAACGAACACGAGUAGUCACAGUGCUGAUGGGCUGAGACAUCCGUCUAACGAUAGCCACAAUGUUGUCACGUUGGUUCUAAUGGUGUCACGAAAUAAAAUUACGGAGGGGAACCCCGGAGUGACGCAGCAGAUAAAUAUCACGCGCACAAAACGGGUCAAUAUUUUUGUGCUGGCGUUAGUAUCUCGCUCCUCGUCGAAGAUGAAAGUUCUCGUGGCGAUUGUUUCGGUAAAUCUUGCGUUAAUAGCAUGGACGUGUCCGGCGGCUGGGUCCAGUGAAGAUGACUCCUCAGUUUCUCCGACAAUCGUAAGUAGAGCGCAAUGGGGCGCAAGAGCCCCGAACAAAACACCUGAAGGACUCGGAAUAAAUCCACCCCCAUUCGUCGUAAUCCACCACUCUGACUCGAACGGGUGCACCUCGCAAGCGAUAUGUCAGGCACGCGUCCGUUCAUUCCAGAAUUACCACAUGGACCACAAUGGCUGGGACGACAUCGGGUACAAUUUCCUGGUAGGGGAGGACGGCAAUGUCUAUGAGGGACGGGGGUGGGGGAUAAGAGGGGCGCAUUCGCCGAACUACAACGCGAAGAGUUUGGGAAUUUGUUUCAUUGGAAAUUUCGAAUCUCGCGAACCCCAACCUGCAGCAAUCAAAGCUGCCGAAGACCUGCUGGGAUUCGGUGUUGCGAAUGGAACAAUCAAGAGUGACUACACUCUACUAGGACAUCGUCAAACGAAAUCCACAACUUGUCCCGGUGAUGAAUUGUACGAGUUGAUCCAAACUUGGCCGCAUUGGAAAAGAAUAUGAUUUUUUACAAAAAAACAUAUUUUUACUAAAAAACAUUUGAAACUAAUUUAAGCAAUAAACUAAACUAAACUAAA